GACUGGACGCGCAAGCGCAAAACACACUCAUUGAAGCAGAGUACAUUAUCCAUGGCUUCUCAUGGCGAUGUGGGGUCACAGGAAGGCACGCCGGCGGCGCCGACGCACGCCGGCAUGGCCGAGCUGGUGCCGGCGCUCCCACUGGAGACGCGUUGCCCACCGUUCGCGCUGCGGCGAUACGCCGGGUUCUGGCAGCCGGAGGGGGUGCUCAGGCGCGGCCUCCCGACGUUGCACGCGCGCUUCGCGCCGAGGCCCACGGACGUGCUCCUUGCCAGCUUCCCCAAGUCCGGCACCACAUGGCUCAAGGCCCUCGCCUUCGCCACCCUUCACCGCGACGCCCACCCGCCGUCCUCCGACGCCGACCAGCCGCUCCGCCGCCGCAACCCGCACGACUGCGUCUGGUUCCUGGAGGUCGACUCCGCUCUCGCGCACACGGACGUAGACGCCGUGGCGGCCGAGCUCGAGGCGCUCCCUUCCCCGCGGCUGCUCGCCACGCACCUGCCCUACUCCCUCCUCCCUCAUGUGCAAGUUUAAGCAGUAGUUUGAUAACUCAUUUCAAAUGUUUCUUUCUCAAAUUUCCGAAUCAUUCCAGUUCUACAAUUUCAGUCAUCAUUUAGCACUAUUUAAGUACAAUUCCGAGAAUUUUCGAGUGCAUUUCAACAUUUCAAAUCCAUUUAAUUUUUAUUUCAUCGUGAUUCUAAUAAAUUCGAAAUGCAUUUCAAUUUGUUUCAGUUAUGCAUUGAAAUUAAUUACCG